AGUAGGCAUAUCCCUUUCAAUUAAUAAUAUGUCUGUUCGUUUGUUCUAAGCUAAAUGUAAAGUAGACGUUUUUAAAGGCUCUGGGAAGUCUACUACUCUACUUGAUUCACUCCUGUGCCGAUUCUCUCUUGUUUAGUGGUUUCAAGUGCCACCUUGUGUUUUUACUGAACUGUAGAUCAGUGUAUCCAGGUGAAAAGCUUGAUUAGUCAGGUCUGUACAGGUAGGUAACUACUACAGAACAGGAGGUGAGCUCACAGUUCUUGGGAGUAAAAGAAAACUAAAAAAAAUGUGUUGCGAGUAAACAGAAACCUCGCGCUUCCUGGAAUAUUCUACUAGUAUUGAUUUAACGAAUUAUAAUAUUUUGUAAUGCGGUGUUGUUGAUUAUUGACGAUACGUGUUCUGAGUGUUUUUAUAAGGAAAUAUAACAUCAAACACAGCUGUUAUCGGCGAACGUUCAAGGUGAAUGGCGAUGCUUUUGCAUUUAUUCAUACUGUAUCAACUGCUUCCCUGUGGAAACUUUGCUUGUAUGAGAAAGUUAUUACACACCACAGGGACAGAGGACCAGUCAAAAGAAGUUUUCAUGCAAGAGGAGCAGGCAAAUGCAUUCUUAGGACGCCAUCUAUUGGCCAACCGAUUUGACUUUGAGCUCUUCACUCCUGGGAAUUUGGAGAGGGAGUGCUUUGAAGAAGUCUGCAGCUACGAGGAAGCACGAGAGGUCUUUGAAAAUGUCCCUCAGACUGAUGACUUCUGGAAAAAGUACACCGAGGGUGACGACACGCGGCCAUCGCGGCUGGAUGUGACUGCCCUGCUCGUGGGUCUGAUUGUGGCAGGGGUGGCCAUCGUCAUCUUCGGCCUGUUGGUCUGGUACUUCUGCAAGGGGAGUUGUAAGGAUAACCUCUCACGUGCAGGCUCUGUUAGGGUGCGUCCAAGGCGCAGUAAUGCCUCGCUGAUCAUGCGGAGACUGGAUGAGGUCUCUCUGCAGCCUGUGCUCCUGCCCCCGCCGGAGGAGAUUGACCCCCCAGGCCUGCCCUCCUAUGAGGACGCCAUCGGCAAAUCCGGAACGCACGACGCCCCACCUCCUCCUUACCCUGGGUCGCAACCUGGAAGUAUUCGACGAUAGCACCUUUGACCUCGCUGGAUGAAUGUCUCCAUAUUGAGCAUCAUCAAAUGCUACUAAAGAGGUUUAGAUCUAUUUACUUUACAUGGUUGUUCUCCCCCGUGCAUGUUCAACAUGUGAUUUUAUUGGAUUGUAAUACCUUGUGAUAAUUGUAGAUCUGUGUGACUGAUUACCUCUUUACCUCUUCCAUUACCUGCAAUUCGCAAUGUUUAGCAUAUUUAUCUAUUUGUACAAAUGUUUAGCAAUUCUUCUGCAUGUGCCAAAGUUGAUUUAUUCCUCAUCACUGUAUUCCUCACUUUUGAGUUGGACCUGCUUUAACCCAUAACAACUAGUGAGGUAAUAGUUGACAUGAUACAUCUUAGUUUAACUGUAACCUGUCAACCUCUCUGCUUUUAUGAAUGGAAAAUGAAGCAUGAGAAACCGUAUUGAGUAUAUAACAGUGUCGGCUGCUGAGGGGAGGACGGAUCAUAAUAAUAGCUGGAACGGCGUGAAUGGAAUGGCAUCAAGCACAGGGAAACCAUGGAAACCAUGUUUAAUACCAUUCCACUGACUCCACUCCAGCCAUUACCACGAGCCCAUCCGCCCCAGUUAAGGUGCCACCAACCUGUGGUGUACACACAAGUCUGCCUGCUACUGUAACCUGUUGGUUAAUGACACAAUAUGAGCAUGGUGUUAGGACAGACUGAGAGAAUUGACACUAUCACUUUCUCUGAAUCAUAUUAGAUGUACAGUGGCUUCUAAAAGUAUUGGGACAGUGACAAUUUUUUUUUGUGAGAAAGUUAGAUGCACAAAUAUCAUCAUAGUCGUAUCAUUUCAAAACCAAAGUACACAGACAGAAUGUGUCACUGUUCCAAUACUUUUGGCGCUCACUGUAUGUGUUGUAACUGCUCAAGUAGACUGUGUGAGUUUGAUGACAUCACACUCAGUGCUUGACUUGGAUUGAAAUACUAUACGUGCCGGUACUCAUUUACCUGUACUGUUGUUUAUAUAAUUUAUAUUAUAUAUAUUUUAUAUAUAUAUGUAUGUCUGUGCAGGAACACUGCAAUACUUUUGAGCUAAUAUUCUAUAGGCGGUGCAGAAACUGAAGCAGUAGAACAUUGUUGGUGCCGGUACUCAGUUCCGGUGAGCUCCUGCCCACGUCAAGCACGGAUCACACGCUAUUAUGAGUGUCCCAGGAAGUCUUUGCUCUUUUCUGAAGCUCCAGUCAUUAAUGAAGAAGAAACCUAUCCAUGAUAUUUAAUGAAGUGCCUGUUAAAUUGUCAUAACAGGGUGCACUUUUUUUAGGGUUUUACAACCACAGGUUGGGAUAAUUAUGUUUUUAUUUCUGGACACUGUUGAGUAGUGGGCUGUUUCUUUACCCAUUCAUUUGUAAAAUAGGAUACUGAAUUAAUACUGCUCACAUCUGAGCAUGACUUCUGUAAGGAUUAGGAGGUAUAGUGACACAUAGAUCUAUGAAUGAUGUCAAUGGUGAGGUUGACAUCAUGGGACAAUGUGCUGGUGAUGCUUGGUUUGACUGAUUGUGUACUUUAAGUCUAUGAAACAUGUUAACUAUCAGAGGAUCAUUUCAUAAAUUGACAUUUUAAUGAU